GCACGACGAUUUGCCGUGGCGUUCAGGUGUCCGUUAGGUGAGCCGCUCAUCCGCGAUCACUCAGACUCUCCGUUGGGAAACUUGCUCCUCCUGGAGCAGGGUCAGGACACACCCCCCAAGGCACCGGAUAAGAUAAUAUCUUGGCGUUCCAUUUCCUCAGGUCAGAGAACAGAUAUUUCGUGCGCUAAACUUUUGACCUCUGGGUAUACAAAGUGCUAUAGUUCCUCUGACCGACUAAGUGUUAAGCGAGCUUAAUCAUUAUUGGAAGUGAGUGAGCCGUCAUGUCAUCAGUAAUUUUCCUUAGGGAUUAAAAGUACGUUUCCAUGCGACUUCAGUGCACUUCAGAACAAGAAAUGUACUUAAGGAAAAGGAAAAAACAACCUUAGUGCGGUGCUUCGAUACCAAAUUCUUUACGGGAUACGCUGACUAUAUUUUACAGUAAAUCUACUGAUAUUCCAUAACAUGUUAAGGAGCAGUGAAUGUCACCAGCACAACAAGAACCACUGAAAAACAAGAUAGCCAUUAAGAGGUGUGAUGGAUGAUGCAUCCAGCACCCAUGAUGGGUGAUGGAGACCACAAUGGAGCUUUCAGCAAUGGCAGCCACGUUACCACAUGGGCAUGGAUGCAUCGGCGUAGAUCAAGUCACCCAUUCCCGGAGGAACCCAUUAGGACGUUUUCCUCCCCUCGAAAGGCAUAAGUCGCUUUCCGGAUGUGACGUCACGCUCAGAACUUUACGAGAAAUGUUAUGAUUUAGGCGAGAGUUUUUUGAUCUUCCAGAGAAAAUGCUGACAUCCUUUAGUCAUUGUUAUAGUGUUCAGAUUUACUUAGUGAGUAGAUGAACAAUUCCAUUUGGUAGGAAAGAACCGCAACACUCGACACACAACAAAAUGCUUUCCGUCGCCGUUCCGACCGAGAGCGUUUCAGUUCCCGACCAAGUGGAGCUCAGGAACAGGAGCGAGGGUGUGAACGCCACCUGGCGGUCCGAGAACGCCACCGAGCUCGAACACGACAAGGAGACGCAGGACGAACUCACUCCAGAGUCGGAGAUCGUGACAGAACUCAGGAAGACCCUCUGGAGGAGGUUCAUGGAACAGUCGACGGUCCUGAACGAAACCGACAACACCCACAAAGUGCUCAAAUGCUUCCACGAAUAUGUCAUGUCCUUCAUGGAUUCCCCAUACGACCAAAAGACCUGUCCUGUCAAGUUCGACGGCGUAUCUUGCUGGCCCGAGACGCCUGCCGGAACUCUUCGGGAGAUCCCCUGCUUCGACGACUUCAACGGAGUUUUCUACGACGCUUCAGAGAACAACGCCACGCUCUACUGCUACUCGAACGGCACUUGGUCCAAAAAGUCUUCGUAUAAGUUCUGCCUGAAGGCGCUGACCAACAAUUCGGAGACGUCAGAGUCGACCGUCAGCACAAUCAGCACUAUUUUCUACAUCGGGAAUUCGCUUAGCUUAAUUGCUGUCACUCUCGCUUUGUGGAUUUUCAUCUCAUUCCAGGACCUGAGAUGUUUGAGAAAUACAAUCCACACGAAUCUCCUCUUCACAUACCUCCUGCACAAUCUCUUCUGGAUUGUUUACGCUUCAGUACAAACUCUUGUGAAUGAGAGCGUUGGGUGCAUGUUCUUCGUGGCGCUCAAUUACUUCACGCUAACCAACUUCAUGUGGAUGUUUGUCGAAGGAUUUUACCUCUACAUGCUGGUCGUGAAAACAUUCUCCGUGGAAAAGAUCAAACUCCGGAUCUACACCGUUAUAGGAUGGGGUGUGCCUGUGCCAAUUAUCAUUUGCUGGGUGGCUAUCAAAUUGCAUCUCAACUCCCCAAACAAUGGACCUGAACUUCAGGUGAUUGGAAUGGAGGUCACAGACAUCGAAGGCCUAAUGAGUAGAUGUCCUUUGAUGCCCGACAAUACAGUCGAUUGGAUCCAAAAAGUGCCCGUUCUCCUGGUGCUGUCCACAAAUUUUAUUUUCCUCAUGAGGAUCAUGUGGGUACUGAUAACGAAGCUUCGAUCCGCCAACAACGUCGAGACCCAGAGAUACCGGAAAGCGACGAAGGCGCUGCUGGUGUUGAUUCCUCUCCUGGGGCUGACCUACAUGCUGCUCAUCGCCCUGCCGAAGGAGCUCGAACACGUUCAGGCAAUACUGCUCUCCACUCAGGGUUUCUGGGUGGCCGUGUUCUUCUGCUUCCUGAACAGCGAGGUGCAAAAUAGCGUCCGUCAUCACAUAGAGAGAUGGAAGACAGAGAGAGGCUUCGUCGAUCCGCGCAACGCGUCCAUCAGACAUGCCAGGGAUGGCUCUCCGCGGCCCAAGACGGGAUGUUCCAGUUAUGGCCGGAGAAUAUUUGGAGGAAAGAGAGAGUCACUGUGCUCCGAGGUGACCAUCAUGACCAGCUUCGCCACCAACGGAUGCAACACCCUCCAGCCUGGGCCACACCAUCUCAACCCUCGGCACUCUACGGCCAGUUUGCCCCAGUCUUGCGCCAGCACACUAGAAGCCAAGUCCUCCAUCAAAGAUUCGGUGCUCUAAUGUAUGGACUGGGAUCCGUCGUUUCGACGAGUCAUGAGGAAUGUCCUACAAUUCACUCAAGGAAGAGAUCUAAACGUUGCCAAACAAGUGUAUUCGUCUUCAGGGUUCGGUGCUGUAAGUAAUGUGUGAUUUCAAAACCACCGUAGGGACAAGUCACUGUGAUAAGUGACACAAGUCAGCGAAGGAUAUUUCUCAAUAUUGCUAGCUACAACGGCUCAAUCACUGGUAUGCUGAAGAAAUCCAUCAGAGAAUCAGAGCUCUAAUGAAUGAUUUCUGAACCUCCAUGACGACUACAGCCACUAGUCACUAAACGUAAAAGUCUAGAUUUUGCCAAAUGAAACGUAUUAUUCACUGGUAUUUUCAAUGAUGCCAUUAGAAGAUUCGAUACUUUAAUGGAUGACUCUGGAACUGCCAGAGCGACAAACAGUCCUUGCAACACGAAAGGAGACGUCUAAAUUUUGCCAAUUAGAAUAUAUUAAUAAUGGCAUUUUGCAUAAACACAUUAAAGAUUCGAUGCUGCAAUCAGUCUAACAGAUGGUUUUGGAAACGUUGCAGAAUCACGUUACUGUGACAACAGCCACAAUUCAUUACAUUAAGAGUUCAGAAUCUUGCCAAUAAAACAUCUUAAACUUCAUUAUACUAAAUACUCAGUGAAGGACGCGGUGCCCUUAUGAAUGACCUGAGAAAUCAAGACAAGUGCCACAUAUUAACAUAGGUAUAACAGAACGACUCUGUCUAGAAUUAAGGGCUCUGAUGGAUGGAUUUGGGAAGCGUCAUAUUGACAAGUCAUUGCGACAAAUGCCACAAACGUCACUGAAAGAUGAUUUGUAAAUAUUGCCAAAUACAGCGUAUUUACCGUAGGUGUACUGAACGAGUCAACCGAGGUUAAAGUGCCCUAAUGAAUGGAUGGGUUGGUGACCGUCUGUGACAAUUUUUCUUUAAAUACUACCAUCUUCAGCAUAUUACUUAUCAGUAUUUUUGAAAUGACUCGAUCAGCCAAAUACAAUAGUUGGCUAAGACGAAAAACACAAGAUUCCCGAUUAAAGGAUAUUUCUCAAGUCUUGCGAAUGUAUCAACACUGGCAAGAGGUAGGAAUGAAGAAAGGGAUAAUGUGCGUUAAACAAAAUGUAUUAAUUAUCAGUAUUCUGAAUGACUCAGCAGUAUAAACAGAAUGGGAGAGUGUUUAUUCAGUUUUGAUGGUUAAUGAUUGGGCAUCAAGGAAAUUUCCUGAAAAGCACUAAGGAUACAUUUCUAUUUAAAUCGCUGAAAAGGCAGUUUCCUAUCCAAGCAUGAGAGAAAAUGUAAAAACAUGGAUUAAUAUAAUGCAAUUGUGAACUUGGCACAAAUUACAAUAAUUGCAUUUGAUGAUAAAUAAAAGCAAAAAUGUAAUACAUAUAAAAUACUUCGUAUAAACAAUUAUACAUACAUUAUAUAUACAUACCAUGUAUACAUAUACAUUUAUAUGAAUACAUAUAUAUGUAUGUAUAUAUAUGUACACACACAUAUAAGUUCAUAAAUGCACAUACAUCUAGAAACUUUUAAGACAAUAUUCUUGUAUAUUGGUAAGGAAUGGUGAGGCUUUUAGUUUCCUUUGGUAAUUGAACGGGAAAUUUAACAUUAUUUAACCAUCUCUUUCUUAUGAUAAUGACAUUCCAAUACGACCCUUAGAUGUAUCAGGAAAAUUAGGACUGAAACCAUUCUGUAUUUACCAAAUGCAUAUAUCAUACAAAAAAUAUUCUGAAAUAUUCUUAACAGAAUUGGAAUUUUCUAUGAAACAACGAUGGAAAUCAAAUACAUUUGAGUUUAAACUUAUAUA